CUCUUUUUUUUUUUUUUUUUCCCCCUCUCCCUCCUUCUCUGAAUGAAUUGCCUUGCAGGAGGGACUGAAAAUACAGCUUCUUCCUGAAUCCACUGGCAGAGUUACUAAAGAGAGCUCAAGACACAACACCGCGGAGUAACGCCUUGGAAUGUCCUCGCACUUGAUAAACAAUUGUCCUAGGCAGGGAGUAUUUUUACAUGACAUUUGCACAGCUUGACUAAUGGCUAGCUGAGGCUGGGCUCCUCUGCCGACCGGUGACUUUCCCGUAGAGAUACCCCACGGACUGACCAAAGAGAGCCAUCUAACUGCUCUGGGAAAGUAGAAGUGGAACUUGCAGCCUUAAAAAACAAACAAACAGCAGCAGUUAAGCGAAGAGCGCAAGAAUUUGAUCUUGGGCAGGAUGGCAUCUGCCCAGGACCUUUUAAUCCUGGCACUGUGUGGCUUGUUACUACACCCACCGACUGGAUGUCAUGCAACAGAUACGAGGCAGCCAAGGUUACGUCUGUCACAUAAAGAGCUCUGGGAUUUAAACAGGACAUCAGUCUUUCACAGCCCAUUUGGAUAUCUUGGUCUUCAAAUAAUGCUGCUGGAUGAGUAUCAAGAGCGACUGUUUGUGGGAGGAAGAGAUCUCCUGUAUUCCCUCAGCUUGGAUCGAGUCAGCAACAACUACCGAGAGAUCCACUGGCCUAGUACACCUCUGCAGGCAGAAGAAUGCAUAAUUAAAGGAAGAGAUGCUGAUGAAUGUGCAAAUUACAUUCGUGUCCUUCACCGAUACAACAGAACACAUCUUCUGGCUUGUGGAACAGGAGCUUUUGAUCCACUCUGUACUUUUAUUAGAGUUGGACAUCCAUCAGAGGAUCAUCUGUUUCAACUGGAAUCGCACAAAUUUGAGAGAGGACGAGGCAGGUGCCCUUUUGACCCCAGUUCUUCCUUCACCUCCAUCUUAAUUGGUGGUGAACUUUUUACUGGACUCUACAGUGACUACUGGGGAAGAGAUGCUGCUCUGUUUCAUACUAUGAAUCGUAUGUCACAUAUCCGAACUGAACCUGAUAAUGAUCGUCUGUUGAAAGAACCAAAGUUUGUUGGCUCAUACCUGAUUCCUGACAAUGAAGACCAUGAUGAUAACAAAGUAUAUUUCUUCUUUACUGAAAAAGCAUUAGAGGCAGAGACAAGCACUCAUGCCAUUUAUACCAGAGUAGGACGCGUGUGUGCGAAUGAUAUGGGAGGACAACGAAUGCUAGUGAAUAAAUGGAGUACUUUCCUCAAAACCAGGCUAGUCUGCUCUGUGCCAGGGAGAAAUGGAAUUGAUACUCAUUUUGAUGAAUUAGAGGAUGUGUUUUUGCUACAAACUCGGGAUAACAAAAACCCAGUGAUAUUCGGGCUCUUCAACACUACAAGCAAUAUAUUUAGAGGAUAUGCUAUAUGUGUCUACCAUAUGGCAAGUGUCCGAGCAGCUUUCAAUGGACCAUACGCUCAUAAAGAAGGACCUGAAUACCACUGGGCUCUAUAUGAAGGAAAAGUACCUUAUCCUAGACCUGGUUCAUGUGCCAGCAAAGUGAAUGGUGGUCUGUACACUACCACCAAAGACUAUCCUGACGAAGCUGUCCAUUUUGCAAGGAGUCAUCCACUGAUGUAUCAGCCCAUCAAGCCUGUUCAUAAGAGACCAAUACUAGUUAAAACGGAUGGAAAGUACAAUCUUAAGCAAAUAGCAGUGGACAGAGUGGAAGCUGAAGAUGGGCAAUAUGAUGUGUUGUUCAUUGGUACAGAUAACGGAGUUGUGCUGAAAGUCAUUACAAUUUACAAUCAAGAGACAGAAUCAAUGGAAGAGGUCAUUCUUGAAGAGCUGCAAGUAUUCAAGGAGUCUGUUCCCAUCAUUUCUAUGGAAAUCUCUUCAAAAAGGCAACAGCUCUACAUUGGAUCUGAGUCGGUGAUAGCACAAGUCAAGUUCCAUCAGUGUGACAUGUAUGGCACAGCCUGUGCCGACUGCUGUCUUGCUCGAGAUCCUUACUGUGCUUGGGAUGGGAUAUCUUGUUCCCGAUACUACCCUACAGGAAUUCAGGCAAAGAGACGUUUCCGCAGACAAGAUGUUCGACAUGGAAAUGCAGCGCAGCAGUGCUUUGGCCAGCAGUUCAUUGGUGAAGUCCUGGAGAAGACCGAAGAGCGAUUAGUUUAUGGAAUAGAAUACAACAGCACUCUUCUGGAAUGCACCCCAAGAACUUUACAAGCAAAAGUAAUCUGGUUUGUCCAACGAGCACAUGAAACUAAAAAGGAAGAGGUGAAGACAGAUGAUAGAAUAAUCAAAAUGGACCUUGGCCUCUUAUUCCUGAAGCUGCAUAGGCUGGAUGCAGGGACCUAUUAUUGUCAGACAGUGGAACACAGCAUUGUUCACACUGUCAGGAAAAUCACCCUGGAAAUAGUCGAGGAAGAACGUGUAGAUGAAAUGUUCAAUAAAGACUACGAGGAAGAGAUACCUCACAGAAUGCCAUGCCCAAUUCAGAGCAGCAUACCUCAGGCAUCAAAACCAUGGUACAAGGAAUUUCUUCAACUAAUUGGUUACAGCAACUUCCAGAGGGUUGAAGAAUAUUGUGAAAAAGUGUGGUGUACAGAUAAGAAGAGAAAAAAGCUGAAAAUGUCUCCAUCCAAGUGGAAAUAUGCCAACCCGCAAGAGAAGAAGGCAAGGCUCAGGCCAGAGCAUUACCGGUUGCCCAGGAACAUAGCUGACUCUUGAUGGACAAAAUCCACCUGUUGUUACUGGGAGAAUUUUUAUUUGGACUUAAGAAAGAGGGAGAAAUCAGUCUUGGUUUUGGUAAAUGAAACAGGUUUAUAUAUAUAAAAUAUUGAGACUAAAAACAAAAAUGUUAUGAUAAGUUAUACUGUACACUCAUGAUGACUGUUUAGAAGCAUUUUAAACAAAAUCUGCUUAACUAUCUGAUUCUAAAUAGGUCAAUGCAAUCAGAGUUUCACAGUAAGGACGUGACAAUCUUCAGACUUUGAGUGCUUUCAUCAGUCUUCUAUGUGGACCAUGCUUACGCUGUAUAUUGUUGCAUCUGAUGGCAUAUUUAAGCACAUUGAAAUAGCUAAACUUUCACAAGCAGAUGAAAAAUGUAAUGUAUAUCUUUUCUUGUUUUCACAAAAUUCUCAUGCUUCUGAAAGCAGCACGUCCUAAUAUCUUUCCUUUUGAUCACGACCUGUCUGAAUUUAUCACUGAGAAUAAUGAGAUGUGUUAAUAUGGUGUACUGCUAUUUCUAAAGAUAAUGAAGGGAAAUCCUAUUUACUUCCCACCAUUAUUUGUCUUAUCAGUCAUUUAUGAAGCGCAGUGUACUGUCAUGGCUAAAUAAUAUUGCCUAAUAACUUGAUGUAAGUCAAAUGCAUGCUGACAACAUAAACAGAAUGAAAUUCGUCAACAUAUCUGUAUAAAAAGUUGGAAUAGUGGUUUAGGUAGAAAACAAGUCAUGGCUAUUGUAAUGAACAUUGCCUUGGUAAUGACAUGAUUUAAGCUAGUGCCCUCUUCUGGCAAAACAAAACAUUUCUAACAUUGUCAUAUAUUUUCUCAAGAAAUGUGCAGAGUUAAGUAUUACCCAGAGCCACAGCUGGUUUGUUUUCAGCAUACUUCUAGUCCCCAUGCGCUAAAUCCACAGUUUUAUUAGGUAGUGUUUGAAGUCACUUAUGUUGGAAAGACAGCAUUUAAAGUAAUGCUUUAUGUCAUUAAUGUGCUUUUGGGGUAAAAUGCAGUCAUAAAAGGUUAGGAUGUAGAUUAAAAAAAGGAAGGGCAUUAUGCCUAAAAUGCAGCUGUGUUUCUACAGUUUUAUGGUCUGAUCCAGGUAAAUCUUUUCCUGAUAUGUGACCUCUGGUCAAAAGAGUUGUUUUGCUGCUCUUGUGAGCGAUGCCAGGAGAGGAGAUCAAAGAAUUAUGAGUCACUUCAUAUCUAAGAUUUCCAAGACAUUAAAAAAAAAAACAAAACUUUGUUUAAGUACAAGAAACCGGAUGCAGAAAAUGCAGACAAACCAGCUUUUUACUAGCAAAGCUACCUGAGAAAUCUGUUAUUAUAAUAUGCAUUGGAAAAAAAAAAGAUAGGGAAGUUAAAAACAUGAGUUACCUACUCAAAAAAUAAUGUGCUGUCAGUAGGUUAAAUAGUCUAGCUUAUACAGAUUUUGAUUUACUAACUGUAUAUUCAGGGGAUUCACCAACCACGGAGAGAGGUUCACGUCCAGCUUCAGUGUCUUACUGGGAAUAGAAUUCGGAAUUAGUGGGAGUUAACAUCCUGGAGAAUAUAGAGGAUGCUGACCCAAUGUUUUCAAUACAUGCAUGCUAUAUGUGAGAAGAUCUGAUCGAGUUUCUGAGAGAACGUAGCCGCUUUCAGGAUCAACGAGCUUUGCUGCCUUUCCCGAAAACAGAAAAUAUCGCAGUGUUCAAAAGGAGUCCUUGUGCAUGCUGUUAGCAAACAGCACGGAGGGGAAGACAGAGUUCAUCUUGUGUCAUUAGAUCUGCAGAUAAACUUUUCAGGAAUCUAGUUAUGUCAAGGAAACUACAUUUAUCUGAGGGUUUGUGCUAGUUUUAACUGGAAUGCCUUUCUGGGAGAUGGGAAUGGACACUGUGAAUAGCUUUGCAGGAAUCCAUGCGGUUGGUAACCUCUGCCUGAUACAGAAGACUGGAUAAAUUCAGUUUUCAAUGACAGUUUAAAGGAACUUAAUUGCAGUUAGGAUCCUAUCUUUGUUUAUAGUUACAAGGAGAGUGCUAGCACUGAAAGCUGUGGCGCAGAGAAGAACCUACACAGGACAAGCAUCCCCAAUUUUACUUAAUCCUCUCUAUAAUAUCUCACUGGCAUCCCUGAUGGAAAACUGUUAAAACAUCACUGAAAUCCUCUUCUGAGGAAUUAUAAAGUCCACUUCUUUUCAGUAAUAAUAGGAGUUACAUCUUAAUUUUUCUGAUUCACUCACUAGUAUGCAAUGCCAAAUGUGCCAUUGCUGGAAUAUUAGAAAGGAAAAACAGACCCUCACUGUAAAGAAACAAAUAUAACUUUGUGUCUCAUUCUCUGAGAUUGCAGGAGGAAAUCAUGUGAAAUGCAAAUCAGGAUUCCUGAUUUAAUAUGAGAUUGCAUAUUUUUAGCUCCCUAUCCCUUUAGUGGUUACGUGUGGAGAAUUGCAUUAAGUUUUUAUUUACAUUUAAAAAUUUAAAUUUUUACUUUACACCUUGCAACCUUCAUCAUGGCAACGAUUGUAAGAACUCACAACUACAAAGUCUUGUUUAAAAAAAUGCUGUGACAAUUACGGAAGAAGAGAAAGUGACAAUAAGGUACUUUGGAAGGAUACACACAAAUAUGCUGUACACAGACAAUGUUAUUUAAAAUGCUUCUUUGUAUAUAGGGGGGGCAUUGUCUGCUUCUUUUCAUUAUGAGUUUGAUGUAUUUUGUAUGUGCAUGAAGUGGUCAAAUUAUAAAUG